AUGGUUGAAGUGUAUGUUCAUGAUAACGAUGACGCGAUUGACUUCAGGGAAAGGCAUGAUUCUGGUGUACCUGUCAAUUUGGCUUAUUUAAACACUUUGAAUGUUUUCUAUUCAAAGAUAACAGAGGAAACGGCGGUCCAUGAAUUAGCCUUACGAAGAAAUUAUAAGAAUCAUGAUACGGUAGAUAUCAGUUUAGAAUCGUUUGACAACGAUUCUAAUAAACUUGAAAGCAAAUUAAAAGAAUUUUAUGAGGAACAUUUGCAUGAAGAUGAAGAAAUUCGUUACAUUCUCGAUGGAUCCGGAUUUUUCGAUAUCAGAGAUCCAAAUAGUGAUAAAUGGAUUAGAAUCAAAGUUGCCACCUACGAUAUGUUAAUCAUCCCAGCAGGAAUAUAUCAUAGAUUCACUCUCGACACAAAUAAUCAGAUCAAGGCACUCAGACUCUUCAAAGACGAACCCAAAUGGGACGCUAUCGUUAAAUCCACGAAGGCUGAUAAUUCAAUCGUGCGUAAGCAAUACUUAAUCUCAAUGAACUACUAA